CUGGGUUACUCCGGUUCAUUAUGCGAGGAGGCCAAAGAUCAUUGCACUCCCUCACCCUGUUUGCAGGGUCGUUGUUUGAAUACACCUGGCAGUUAUUAUUGUCACUGUCCGCCAGAUCGGGCGGGCAAACACUGCGAGCAAAUACGGCCACUGUGCUCACAGCCACUAUGCAAUGAGGGCUGUUUUGUCAAUACCACCAUGAAUACGCUACCAUGCAGUGGGCAUGGCACAUGUGAGAUGGGCGAUGUGGGCACUUUCUGCAAAUGCCAUGUCGGUUAUACCGGCACCUUCUGUGAGCAUAAUUUAAAUGAGUGCUCGCCAAAUCCUUGUCGAAAUGGUGGAAUUUGCUUGGAUGGUGAUGGGGAUUUUACAUGUGAAUGCAUUUCGGGUUGGACAGGUAAGCAAGCGGAUAGUUAACAAAAUGGAACGAAGAAGAAGUAAAAACAUUAACAAAGUGGAAAAAAGUAACAGCUUUUGCAAAACAAAAAAGCUAUACGAGCAAUUGGGACUGUGCCGGCUAUAAUGAGUUGGUAUUAUGAAAAUACAUUUUUUUUCUUUUAGGUUUGAAUAUUCCUACAUAUGUAUGUAGGUAUGCUUCUAGAAUGACUUUAACAAGUGUAACGCAUGUUAAAAGUUUUGAGUGCGGAAAAUUGUAAUACAAUAAAAAGAAAGCGUUCUGUCGGAUUAUCAGAAAGUAACACGAGUAUCUGCUGUGAAUGACAGUGAUUGGAAUACUGAUAAGUUCAUUAAUUAAUACCACUGUCCAACAGCGUUUUUGCAUCCAUGGUAUAGUUUCGAAACAUCA